AUGCUCAAUAAACUGCCAAGUGCUUUACUAUCGCUCCGGAAUUGUUUUUGCUUAUCAAUUGGACGCCAUCAGCUAAAGAAAAUUUACAAGUUCUCGCAGUAUACAUCAGUAAGAACCGUGAGAACAAUGAGUGCUCCUGCUAUCUGUCCCAUCACUGCGCAAUUGCAGAAAUUAUCUAUUGAGGAACCAACCGUUGCAGAAGGAUCGCAUCCAGAUGUCAACAUUGUCGACCUAAUGAGAAAUUAUGUGACCCAAGAGCUUUCCAAGAUCUCUGGUGUGGACCCAUCUUUGAUCUUCCCAGCGUUGGAGUGGACUAAUACCCUCGAGAGAGGUGAUUUGUUGAUUCCUGUCCCCAGAUUGAGAAUAAAAGGUGCCAAUCCAAAGGACUUAGCUGCCGAUUGGGCUUCAAAGUUCCCCUGCGGUCCGUUCUUAUCGAAGGUCGAGAAUAACGGUCCAUUUAUCCAGUUUUUCUUUAACACACAGUUCUUGCUGAAGACUGUGAUUCCAGAUAUCUUAAACAGAAAGGAAGAGUACGGGGCUUGUAAAUUGGUGGAUAACAAAAAAGUUAUUAUUGAGUUCUCGUCACCAAACAUUGCCAAGCCUUUCCAUGCAGGCCAUUUGAGAUCUACUAUCAUUGGUGGGUUUUUGUCUAAUCUUUACGAAAAAUGUGGUUGGGAAGUUGUCAGAAUGAACUACUUGGGUGACUGGGGCAAACAGUUUGGUCUGUUAGCCAUUGGUUUCGAGAGAUACGGUGACGAAAAAGCACUUGCCGUUGAUCCUAUUCACCACCUAUUUGAAGUGUACGUUCGUAUCAACAAAGAUAUUGAAGAAGAAGGUGACAGCUUGCCUUUGGAAGAAUCCACAAACGGUAAAGCGCGUGCAUAUUUCAAGAGAAUGGAGGACGGUGAUCCUGAGGCUUUGAAGAUCUGGAAGAGAUUCCGCGAGCUCUCCAUUGAAAAGUACAUUGACACAUAUGCCCGUUUGAACAUUAAGUAUGACUCGUAUUCCGGUGAGUCCCAAGUCAGUAGGGAGUCAAUGGAAAAAGCUCUUAAAUUGUUCGAGGAGAAGAAAUUGACACAUGAAGACAGGGGUGCUACUCUGAUCGAUCUGACGAAAUUCAACAAGAAGCUAGGGAAAACGCUCGUCAAGAAGUCCGACGGUACCACGCUUUAUCUGACUAGAGAUGUUGGUGCUGCCAUGGAUCGUUACGAAAAGUACCAUUUCGAUAAGAUGAUAUAUGUGAUUGCUUCUCAACAGGACUUGCACACCGCACAAUUUUUCGAGAUCUUGAAACAGAUUGGUUUUGAUUGGGCUCAGAAUCUCCAGCACGUCAACUUCGGUAUGGUUCAAGGCAUGUCCACGAGAAAGGGAACGGUUGUGUUUUUGGACAAUAUUCUCGAAGAAACCAAGGAGAAGAUGCACGAAGUUAUGAGAAAGAACGAAGUCAAAUACUCUCAGAUUGCGAACCCCGAUGAAGUCGCUGAUUUGGUUGGUAUAUCUGCCGUCAUGAUCCAAGAUAUGCAAUCGAAACGUAUCAACAACUAUGAGUUCAAAUGGGAAAGAAUGCUUUCAUUCGAAGGUGACACAGGCCCUUACCUACAAUACGCACACUCAAGAUUGAGAUCCGUUGAAAGGAACGCUUCCAACAUCACUCCGGAAAUGUGGUUAAACGCGGACUUCUCGGUCCUGACGGAGCCAGCCGCUAUGUUGCUGAUCAGAAUCCUGUCUCAAUAUCCCGAUGUAUUGAGAAAUGCCAUCAAAACCCACGAGCCUGCCACAGUGGUCACUUAUCUCUUCAAAUUGACCCACCAAGUUUCCUCCUGUUACGACGUUCUAUGGGUUGCUGGCCAAACUGAGGAAAUAGCUACAGCACGUCUGGCACUGUAUGCUUCCGCUAGACAAGUGCUAUACAACGGUAUGCGUUUGCUAGGGUUAACCCCAGUUGAGAGAAUGUAA